AAUGAUUAAAUAACAUUUUUAAAGAAACUAAUAAAUUAAAUUAAAAUAUUUGUAAUAAUAAAAAUUAUUAGUUAAUUGUUCAAAAUGUUGCUAAAAUCAUUGUUAAAUAUAAAAACUAAAGUCUCUUCAAAUGCCAUAAAUCAAAUUAAAGUACGCAACGCCUCCCAGAGCCUGACAGUCGGGUUCAUUGGUUUGGGAAAUAUGGGAUCACAUAUGAGCCGACAUUUGCUAGAAAAAGGACAUCGUCUUGUGGUUUACGAUAUAAACAGCAAUGCUAUGAAAGCGUUGGCUGAAAAGGGAGCGAUAACGGCCUCAUCGCCGGCAGAAGUGGCCGAUAAAAGCGACCGAAUCAUUACAAUGGUUCCCACAGGUGCUCACGUACUGCAAGUCUAUUGUGGACCAAAUGGCAUACUAAGCAAAGCCAAAUCGGGUGCAUAUUUAAUGGAUUCGUCGACCAUUGAUCCGCAAACAUGUAAAGAAGUAGCACAGGCAACACAAUCUACUGGUGCUAUAUUUUUGGAUACACCAGUUACCGGUGCAGUACCUGCAGCCCGGGAUGGGACACUCAAUUUUUUAGUUGGUGGCAAUGAAAAUGAUGUUAAAGUUGUUGAACCACUACUGCUAGCAAUGGGUGCACGAGUUUUCCAUUGUGGACCACUAGGAUCGGCACAGGUAGCAAAAAUAGUCAAUAAUAUGUGUUUAGCAAUUUCUAUGAUUGGCCUAAGCGAAGGACUCAAUUUAGCCAAAACACUGGGUAUUGACCCAAAACUGAUGACAGAGGUAUUAAAUGCUGGUUCUGGUCGGUCGUGGAGUUCCGAAAAUUAUAGUCCAGUUCCCGGUAUUAGUCGCGAUCGUCCGGCAAAUAAUGACUAUAACGGAGGUUUCCAAAGUAGACUUAUGACUAAAGAUAUGUGUUUAGCACAGACACUGGCGUYACGAGCUAACUGUGCCAYACCAUUGGGAACAUUAUCACAUCAGUUGUUUCGUUUGAUGAAAAAUAACAAUUAUGCCGAAAAAGACUUUUCUAGUGUUUACAAGUUUAUACAAGAAGUUAAUUGAAAUAAUUUGUCUCAAAUUAAAAAAAAAUGUUUUUUAAUAAAAUGUUUGAACACAAUUAAAAGUGGUUAUA